UUGCCUCCGUCAAAGAUGACUUGAUCCUAGGCUCCUUGCUUUCUUUCUGUCCCUUUUCAAGUGUUACCCAGCCAUGUCUGUCCCCAGCAGUGGUGCUCUUUCUGUUGUUGUGUCCUGGGUGGGCCUGUGGGCCAAUGCUGUGGAGAGGCUUGUCAGACACAGAUAUCCCCUAGGAAGGGGCAGAGUCAGGACCCCUGGGCUCCUGCAGCCAUCCCAGCCUGAGCUAACUUGUAGGUCAGGGCUCUGCUGGCUAAUGACUGCCUCUGCCACAGGCUUGCCCUCUUGCAUCCCCCAGAUAGCCGUGUCCUAGAGAAGGCUGAACUGCUAGCCAGGUUCUCAGAAAAGUCCAAGUCAGAGCCAAAGGAUGUCACCUCCACCCCGCAUCAGGACUCCCGGGAGGAGUUCUCAGGGCCUGCCCCUGAACAAGGCUCAUCACCAGCCUCUCUGAGGGUGAAGUGGCAGGAGGAGGAGAAGGGGCUGCAGCUGGUCUGUGGUGAGAUGGCCUACCAGGUUGUGAAGAAGAGCGCAGCCCUAGACACCCUGCAGUCACAGCUGGAGGAGCGGCAGGGCCGGCUGGAAGCCCUGCAGGCCUGCGUGGUGCAGCUACAGGAGGCGCGGGUGCAGCAGUCCCGGCAGCUGGAGGAACGGCAAGCAAAGAACGCGGCGCAAAGAGAAGCCUACCAGGCGCUGCUGGAGCAAGCUGUGCACCAGGAGGCGGCACUGCGCAGGCUCCAGGAGGAGGCACGCGACUUGCUGGAGCGGCUUGUGCAGCGUAAAGCGCGCGCGGCGGCUGAGCGCAAUCUGCGUAAUGAGAGCAGAGAGAGGGCCAACCAAGCUCGGGUGUCCCAGGAGCUGAAGAAAGCAGCUAAGCGGACUGUGAGCAUCAGCGAGAUCCCGAACACUCUAGAAGGUGGGACCAAGGAGGAGACUGUGACUCUAGCUCCUGCCACUAAGCCUGAGUUCCUGGAGAGUGAGGCUUGUGAAAAAUGGAAGAGGUCAUUCAGGUCUGCCUCGGCCACCUCUCUGAAUCUGUCCCGCUGUGUGGAUGUGGUGAAGGGGCUGCUGGACUUCAAGAAGAGGAGAGGCCACUCAGUUGGGGGUGCACCUGAGCAGCGGUACCAAAGCAUCCCUAUAUGUGUGUGUGCCCAAAUUCCUACCCAGGCUUGGGAUGUCUUGGAUGCCCAUCUCUCUGAGGUCAAUGCUGUUAGUUUUGGCCCCAACAGCAGCCUCCUGGCCACUGGAGGGGCUGACCGCCUUAUCCACCUCUGGAACGUCGUGGGAGGUCGCCUGGAGGCUAACCAGACCCUUGAAGGAGCAGGUGGCAGCAUCACCAGUGUGGAUUUUGACCCCUCGGGAUCCCAGGUUUUGGCGGCUACUUACAACCAGGCUGCCCAGCUCUGGAAGGUGGGAGAGAUACAGUCCAAGGAGACAUUGUCUGGACACAAGGACAAAGUAACAGCUGCCAAAUUCAAGCUAACAAGGCACCAGGCAGUGACAGGGAGCCGAGACCGGACAGUGAAGGAGUGGGACCUGGGCCGCGCCUACUGUGAGGCCCAGUCCCACUUGCCCCAGGGACCUUACCUUGCUCUGUGGUGGUGGCUCUGGGAUUCUUAUCUAUUUGGGCUCAAACCUCUAAUGAUUUCCCUCCUUUGUCACUCACUGCUGCUUGCUUCUGCUUUCUUGGUGACCCUGGUCUUUGGUUCCAGGACCAUCAAUGUACUUUCCUACUGUAAUGACGUGGUGUGCGGGGACCAUAUCAUCAUCAGUGGCCACAAUGACCAGAAGAUCCGGUUCUGGGACAGCAGGGGACCCCACUGCAUCCAGGUCAUCCCUGUACAGGGCCGUGUUACCUCCCUGAACCUCAGCCAUGACCAGCUGCAUCUGCUUAGCUGUUCCCGAGACAAUACACUCAAGGUUAUCGACCUGCGAAUCAGCAAUAUCAGACAGGUGUUCAGGGCAGAUGGCUUCAAGUGCAGUUCUGACUGGACCAAAGCUGUGUUCAGCCCUGACAGAAGCUAUGCACUGGCAGGCUCCUCAAAUGGAGCCCUGUACAUCUGGGAUGUGAACACUGGGAAACUGGAGAGCAGCCUAGAGGGACCCCACUGCACUGCAGUCAAUGCCGUGGCCUGGUGCUUCUCCGGGAACCAUGUUGUGAGUGUGGACCAAGGCAGGAAGGUAGUGCUCUGGCACUAGGGGCACAACGGCUUUGUAUGGGUUGGACUCUGUUCUGAAGCCAGAAGCCAGAAACAGCUUCUGUCUGUUCAGGACUCCAGAGCCAGGGUUGGGGUCUACUGUAUAUUUCAUGUAAGGGCCAGGCAGGACCUGGCCCAUUUGUUUAAAAUCAAAGUGUGAGUUAGAAACUACAAUUAAAAAAAAAAU